AUGCCAAAUCCGGAGAGACAUGGGGGCAAGAAGGACGGGGGCGGCGGGGGGUCCUCGCAGCACGCGCCUGGCAGCGGGGGCUCCGACAACUCGGAUACCUUCUCCGACGAUGUGGCCCUCAAGCUGGACAGGAGGGAGAACGAGGAAAGGAAAGCGGACAGGAGCGAGAGGAUACAGAAGCACCGGCACCACCAGCACAAGCGUGUUCGUGAGCUGAUGAAGAGCAAACAGGCGGAAAAAGAGAGGAAGUUGGAAAAGAGCCUGGAGGCAUCCAGCAGGUCCGGGUCCACCAAGGAGAGAAUAUCGGGAUCCUCCAAGAGACUCCUUGAAAGCGAGGAGCACCCUAAGUCACUGUCCUCAAAGAGCAGCAACAAGGAGUCCCGGUCGGCCAAAGCGCACAAGGAGAAGUCCAGAAAGGAUCGAGAGCUCAAGUCCAGCCACAAAGAGCGCAGUAAAAGCCAUCGGAAAAGGGACGCUCCAAAAAGUUACAAAACAAUUGACAGUCCGAAGCGGAAAUCCAGGAGUCCCCACAGAAAAUGGUCCGACAGCCCUAAACUGGACGACAGCCCCUCAGGAGCCUCCUACAUCCAGGAGUACGAUCUCAGCCCUCCUCGCUCCCACACAUCCAGUAACUACGAUCCCUACAGGAAGAGCCCCGGCAGCUCCUCGCGCCGGCAGUCCAUCAGCCCACCCUACAAGGAGCCCGUGGCGUACCAGUCGAACGCUCGCUCUCCCAGCCCUUACAGCCGGCGGCAGAGGUCCAUCAGCCCCUACACCAGGAGGCGAUCCUCCAGCUACGAGAGAGGCAGCGGGUCGUACAGCGGCAGGUCGCCAAGCCCUUAUGGCCGACGGCGCUCCAGCAGCCCCUUCGCUGUGAAGCGGUCGGUCAGCCGGAGCCCCAUCGCCAGGAAGUCUGUGAAAUCCCGCAGCCGAAGUCCUGGCUAUUCAAGACACUCAUCAUCUCACAGCAAAAAGCAGAGGUCUGGGUCCCGCAGUCGCCAUUCCAGUAUCUCACCGACAAGGCUCCCGCUGAACUCCAGUCUGGGGGCUGUUUGGGAGCGGGCGGCAGCGGCGGCCGCGGCAGCCAAGGUGGAUGGAAAGGAGGCAAAGGGCUCGCCUGUUUUCCUGUCUAGAAAGGAGAACAGCUUAGCUGAACAUAAGGAGUCUGGAGCAGAAUCUAAAAAGGUCAUCAAAACUCUGAAAUCUGAAAAAUCGUCUUCAGAUACAGAAUUAGUGAAUUUACUGUAUACGAACGCAGAGACUAAAGCCCCUGCGGAGACAACAAAAACCAAGGCAGAGGAGAACUCUGAGAGGAAGCAUCCUGUUCCAGUUAGAGAUUCAAAACAGACGGGAACAAAAGACUUGAAGGCUGUAGCAGUGGUAGAGGACCUCUUAUCUCCAAAAGAGACAGACACAGCACAGAAGGAGAUUCCACCCCCACUCCCCUCAAUAAAAUCACCUCCGCCACCUCUACCGACAACCACACCGCCACCUCCCACUCCACCACUGCCGCCUUUGCCUCCAUCACCCGCUGUUCCACCUUUGCCGCCAUCCCAGCUGCCUCCCGUUCAGGUCCCUACUUCAGCCCCAACGUCUUUGCCAUCUUCUUCCCACCCACGGACGUCUACUUUAUCCUCUCAGGUGAACUCUCAGUCCUCUGUCCAAGUCGCUACAAAAACACAAGUGUCUGUGACGGCUGCUAUCCCACACCUGAAAACUUCAACGUUGCCUCCUCUUCCGCUCCCCCCUAUUUUAGUUGGGGAAGAUGACUUGGAUAGUCCAAAAGAGAUUCUUCCUCCAAAACCUGUGAAGAAAGACAGAGAGCAGAGACCACGACACUUACUCACGGACCUCCCGCUCCCUCCAGAGCUCCCUGGAGGGGAUCCAUCUCCUCCCGACUCCCCGGAACCAAAGGCAGCCACACCACCUCAGCAACCAUUCAAAAAGAGACCAAAAAUCUGUUGCCCUCGGUACGGGGAAAGGAGACAGACAGAAAGCGACUGGGGGAAGCGUUGCGUGGACAAGUUUGAUAUCAUUGGGAUUAUUGGAGAAGGGACGUACGGGCAGGUGUACAAAGCCAAGGACAAGGAUACAGGUGAACUGGUGGCUCUCAAGAAGGUGCGACUGGACAAUGAAAAGGAAGGCUUCCCCAUCACAGCCAUCCGCGAGAUCAAAAUCCUUCGGCAGCUCAUCCACCGCAGUGUUGUUAACAUGAAGGAAAUUGUCACGGACAAACAAGAUGCACUGGAUUUCAAGAAGGACAAAGGUGCCUUUUACCUUGUGUUUGAGUACAUGGACCAUGACCUAAUGGGGCUGCUAGAAUCUGGCUUGGUACAUUUCUCAGAGGACCAUAUCAAGUCUUUCAUGAAACAGUUAAUGGAGGGUCUGGAUUACUGUCACAAAAAGAAUUUCCUUCAUCGAGAUAUUAAGUGCUCCAACAUCUUAUUGAAUAACAGUGGGCAAAUCAAACUUGCAGAUUUUGGACUCGCCCGACUCUACAGCUCGGAGGAGAG